GCCAAAUGUCCCACACAGUUUUCGACACUCGGUAGAGAUGAGGCUACACACAUUUGUCCGCUACAUUCUGUUAGUGUGUUGUUUUUGGCUUGCUGUUGUCUUUGUGACGUUUAUUAAUACAUUGGGUAGAUAUGAUGAAGCGCGGGGGAGCCAACAAGACCAGGUGCCCUUGGAGGAAGCUAUGGCACAACUUUUAGCCAGGAACAGGACGUUGUUAAUGCGAGCCGUUGAGUUGGCCGGACUUGGGGAAUUUCAUGAUGACCGUGGGAUUCCACACCAUAAUCACCCUCCGAAUGACCCGAGGAAUGACCCAAAUUCAAGAGGCUAUGGUGGAAAGGGUGUUGUUAUUGACCCACAACACUUAUCUCCCAUGGAAAAGGCUCUCUACGAUAGGGGCUAUCAGGAUCACAACUUCAACGAAUUUGCAAGCGACCUCAUCCCGCUCAGGAGGAGGCUAAUUAAUAUUACAGAACCUGAGUGUCUGGCGAGACAUUACGACUACAGCAAGCUCCCAACUGCGGGUGUUGUCGUCAUAUUUCACAACGAGGCUUGGAGUCCGCUCCUCCGCACAGUGCACAGUAUUCUGGAUAACACUGCACCGGAGCUCUUGACAGAGAUUGUUUUAGUGGACGACGCAUCAGAUAAAGUCCAUCUGGGUCAUCCUUUGUCCGACUACAUCCAGCAGCUGGACAACGUGAGGCUGGUCCGGUACACGGAGAGGGUGGGGCUCAUGACGGCUCGCAACGCCGGCUGUGAUGAGGUGACGGGGGAGGUGUGCGCCUUCCUCGACGCCCACUGCGAAGUACCGGAAAUGUGGCUCGAACCCCUGCUGGACCGGAUUCGUCAAAACGACAAGCUUUUAGCCAUCCCCACCACCGACUCCAUCAGCUCUGAUACGUUCGAGUACUGGAAGAGCAAUCCGAAGAUGAUGUACAAGGGAGGAGUGGACUUGGACCUGUAUUUCUCCUGGAUACCGCUCACCAAGGCAGAGGAGGAGAGGGACAAUGUCUUAGACCCAGUCAGAUCUCCGACGCAUCUCGGGUGUUGUUUUGCUAUGUCAAAGGCAAAUUUUAAUCGUCUCGGAAAAUAUGACCCCGGUCUCAAAAUAUGGGGUUGUGAAAAUCAGGAAUUGUCAUUUAAAACCUGGAUGUGCGGGGGUGAGAUGGAGAUCAUCCCCUGCUCCCACGUGGGGCACAUGUUCCGCAAUAUGCCCCCCUGGUCUUGGGGGAAAGGUGGGGAUACCGACCGUCUACACAAGAACUGUCUCCGUGUCUCCGAAGUCUGGAUGGAUGAAUACAAGACGCUACACCACGAGCGUAUCUACAAUAGACAGUUAGACUUUGGCGACGUGUCCGACCGGAAGGCCUUGAGGAAGAGUCUGCAGUGUCGGUCCUUCGACUGGUAUGUGAAGAACGUCUACCCCGAACUGUACAUCUUCACCGGCGGAUCUGCCAUCGGCCGGAUCUCGAAUAUGGCAGUUCCGGAGCGGUGUGUCCAGACUCCCAUACACCACAUGGACUUCGGCAGACACGUCGCCACCGACAUCUGCAGUCACUACAGCCUCAUACAGCAUUUCACGCUAACCAAAGAAGCAACAAUACGACGUGAUGAUGGUUGUCUGGACUUCGACAACAUGCAGGGCCUCAUCGUGACAUCCUGCACAGAUGCACAAGGGUGGCAAUACACGGCGGAAGACACUUUACUACAUGGGAAGUCUGGUCGCUGUUUGGAGCUUGCACCUGAUGACGUCACAUUGCUUGUAUCCAUUUGUUCUGGGAGCUCACGACAGCGUUGGUCAUGGGAGAGGCGACCAGCGGAGCUUGGCCCCCGUGAGGACGAGGUGCCAAAUCGUGACGAACAGUAGAAUGUGUGUCUUCCGCCAGCGAGUGUUUUCUUCGUGAGUGUAUAGAGAUGCAACGCCACUUUGAUCAGUAUCCCGUUGUUUCACGGCGUGUGUGGAUGAUGUGGAUGGAAAAUCCUGACUUCAUUCGUUAUUGUGUUGGUACCAUCAUCUCUGAUCAGUCUGUCCACAACAAGGUCAUUAAUUUUGUUAAAAGUUUUACUGAAGGACCCGUGAAGAUCCAGGUUAGAAUUGGUCUUCAACCCAUGCUUGAUGUAAGAGGCGACUAACGGGAUCGGGUGGUCAGAC